AGUAAUCUGGGGGUACAUAUAAGGCUCCUUUGUGGCUUCCGCUGUGGGUGCAGUGUCAGGACGGUGGCACCCAGUGGCUCCCUGUCCCCCCCUGCCUCGGCCCCACCGCAGGGCUCGGAGUCACCGUGAGCACCAACACCCUUCGCCCGGCCCCAUGUUAAUGAUCCACCCGCCUGUGCUGCAGCCAGCAGCCACACUGGUGAGCGCGCGUGGUGUGGAGCUGGAGCUGGUGGAGGUGGCAGCAGAGUCGGGCUCUGCAGCACAGGCAGCUCACGGGGCCAGUGGCUCGCUGCCCCGCGCCACACCCUCCAUCCUGCACCCCAAUAAGAGCAGACGCCAUCAGCACCCACUUCCCAGCACGCGGUGUGGCUGGGAGAACUGGCUGGGACCAUGGCGGUAGCCACGGUGAAUCUCCGCGCUGUCACCUCCUGGGUGGGCAUUGCCCGGCUCUUUGCCAUCGUGUUGUCCUGCAUCGCCUUCAGCUUGGUGGCCUCCACCAGGGACCUUGGGGGUCCCUAUGGGACGUGGUGCAUGUUCACUUGGUGCUUCUGCUUCGCUGUGACACUGCUGGUGGUGCUGCUGGAGCUGCUGGAGCUCUACCCCAAGCUGCCGCUCUCCUGGGAUGACUUCACCUCGGCUUUCUCCAUGCUGGCGACAUUGAUGGUCUUCACCACCUCUGUGAUCUUCCCCUCCACCUUCAUCAUCAGUCCCUGCAGCGGCAGCAAGUGUGCCCGGCAGGCCGUGGCCACCACCGUGUCCUGCCUCUGCUUCCUCGCCUAUGCCAUCGAGGUGGGGCUCACCCGUGCCAAGCCAGGGGACAUCAGCAGCUUCCUCUCCACCGUGCCUGGGCUCCUCAAGGUCUUUGAAGCCUACGUGGCUUGUCUCAUCUUCUCCUUGCUGGAUAGCUUUAGUUCGGAAGCCGGCCUGCAGUGGUGUGUGGCUGUCUACUCCAUCUGCUUCAUCGUCACCCUCCUCAUCAUCAUCUUCACCAUAGGCCGGUGCCUCACCUACAUCCCCUGCCCGCUGGAGAAGAUGCUGGUGGUGUACAACGCCCUGGCCCUGAUGAUGUACAUCACUGCCACCAUCCUCUGGCCCCUCUACAGCUUCAGGGGGAGGAGCCGCCCCCAGAGCUGCGGCAGGAACUGCUGGUGGAACAAGCACCUGGGGGUCACCUUCCUCACCAUCUUCAACCUCAUCGCCUACCUGGUGGACCUGGUCUACUCCACCAAGAUGGUCUUCAUCAGGGCCCCUCCAUAAGGGCUGCAGGUGGCCAUGCUGGGGUGAGGGUGGUGGGAUGCAGCUGGGUGCCAGUGGAGCUGAGGAAGAGGCCGGACACCUCGGAAAGCUCCAUCUCCCCAUGCCAGAGUGGAGAGCCAUGGGUGCUCCAGGGGGUGUGCUCAGCUUGGGGACCCCCAGGCUGCCUGGAGCUGGGGAGAUGCACCAGGGUGCUCCCAGGACCCUGGAGCUGGGGGCUUUGGGAUUAAAUUGGGUCGGUUUUCA